ACUUCUUUUUGUGACAGUGUCUUCCUCCUCAGUGUCUCUGCUCUUGUCGCGAAGUGGAAAAAACUGAAAAUCUGUACAGGGGGGGGGAAGAGACGUCGAAGAAAACUCGUGGUGCACUCUGUUUCCCUGUCGGGACGCGGGCGACACACAAUGCUUGUCUCUCACGUGACGAUGUUGUGCUUCGCUGAAUUUCGGGAGCAAAAUCCCUCUCUUUUUUACUGACUCGAGUUUUCUGGACAAAUAAACACAAAGAAGGGGGCGGAGAAGAGAUCAGGCCGUUCAACCUCGCCGCCUCUGUGUCGUCACUGUGGUUAACGGGGUUCGAUGAGCAUGCGGCUGUGUAACGCCCCCUGCUUCAUUUUCCCAAGGCGAAUCCCGUUUCCUCACUUUAGAAACUGAGGUCUGCAAGUGAAUUCCUCCGGGAAGUAACUCUUUUGUUUUGCAUGCAUGUGGUUGCUUCUGUGUGUCGUGCCUGUGUGAACAGACUUGCUCCCCAGGUUAGCGUGUCAAACAGAGCACCUUUCUGUCUUCUCUCUCUGCACCUCCCCCUCUUUUCCUUGACCUCACUUGAGAGUUGUUGGCACCAUCCGCGUGUCUGCGUUGUCUUCGUUUUCCGGGGACUGUCGCCACGCCGCCUUGCACUCCUGGAUUCGCUCUCGAAGACGGCAGUUUCUGCUGAACGCAGUUCUAAACAACCAGAAAGUUUGCGCUCAGUCGAGGGACUGAAACGACGACGCAUGUUGCUUAAGCCUAACGCUUGAAGCCUGUGUUUCAACAGUCUUCAAAAUGCCGUUCGAUCCCAGUCGCUGGAUGACGCAGCGGCACUCGCACCCGCGCAUAGGUCCCGCCUACCAAGCGCCGAUUCCGGAUUGCAUCAGAGAUGUUUCUGAGUCUCCCCGUGUGCCCGCUGAGUGGCUAGAAGGCCCGUGCGGCAUUCCCAACGGCAUCGCGAGCAAAACCGACGGUUCCGUCGACCGCGGACCGCGCGUGCACGCUCGCAUCGCAGGCAGUCAAGCAGCCGAAGGUCGGUGCGUGGACACCAGAAAAGAAGAAAAGGAAGAGACAGAAGAGAAAGGAGGGAAGGCAGACGGAGACGAGGAACGUCGAAGAAGACCUGCAUGCGUCGCGGGACUCUCGGAGGAGUUCGUAUCUCACCUUGCCGGCCGGCAACGAAGAAACUCGGCCGGAGUCGCUGGUGGCUCAGGUGUACGUACACCUCAAGAGGCUCGCGGACAGCCAGAAGAGUCGGCGGGCAGCGCGACACUUUUGACCGGAGGCGACAUUGAAGCGGCUUUCGGCGGCCUUUUGGGUGAGGGUGAUGCAGAGGUUGAGGAUGAGGACUUUGCGGAGAAGACCGAGUCCGACUCUAAAACGGUUCUCACUACAGGGCGCGGACACGCGCAGUUCACGACUUGGCCGAGCUCUGGUCGGUUGUCAGGAGAAGCCUCUGCAUCGACAGGGGGAGAUGCUCUGGACGCGUCAGGAACUGGAGGGGAGUCUUCGUUGGCCGCUUCUUUGCACGUGGAGAUCAGUGUCUCGGCACAAGCUGCUGACGAAGAAGGAGCAGAGUUUGUGAGACCGCCGGACGCGGCGGAAGCGCUUCUUUCUGUUUCGGCGGAUGCGCACCGUCCAGAGCAGUUCGGUGGGGAUUCACCGCGUCAACCAGGAGGUCAGACUGAAGAUGAAACGGGAGGAAGGUUCCUCGAAGAGAAGCAAAGCGUCAACGCGCGUGAGUCAACAGCACGAGGCGAGCUUGGGAGUGCUCUCGUCACAGAGGCAACGUCUUCAGAAGGAAGGGGAGGCGCCAGUUCGCAACUGAAGCAUGCAUGUGAACAGAACUGCGGCAAAAAGGAAGGAGAGCCAGAAUCGAAGCGGCCGAGGCUCAACCAGGAGGAGGGAGGUGAAGGUGAAUAUGCGUGAGAGUGGACGAUGAGUCGGGGUUCGGAAGUCUUUUUCCCGAGAACGAACGCGAUUUUGUGUUCUUGGGGGUCAGAUCAAAACAGUUCACGUGUUUCUCGACUCGUAUAAACGACAGAAAGUAGAAGAUACCGAAACCUCUUGUAAUGCAGCCUCUGAAGAACGGCUUAAAACGGAACACGAACUGAGUUGAAUAACACAGGCACGGCUGAACUCUGUGUUAGGUUCAAUGUCCAAGGCAGCAGUGGGGACACGAUGGCUUAGAGCCUAGUUAAGAUGAUAAUUGUUGGAGACACAUGGCCAACUGAAGACCGUGGAUCAGUAUCAUCAAGAAAGAGAGGUCGCGGAUCCGGGGGUCGACCAAGGCACGUUGAAAAUUCAACGGAGAGAGAAACAGCCGAGCAGAGGGCGGGACGUCUGCACGAGCUGGGAGCUUCUCUAGAAGUGAAACAGUCGGGACUUUGCGUUCGGGUCACUUCCGUGGUUCUGUAACGUCGUGGGGAAUGACAUUGUAAAGCACCGGCCCAAGAGGUCGAAGAGAAGCAUGUGGUGAUGGCCGCGACACACGAAUGCAGGUCUUCGAGCGAUACAUCACUGCUUUCGUGAGAAAAUAUGACGCCCAAGUUUCUGGGGCUGCACAGGAAGAGGCUACAGGGUGGAGUAGGGCAACCGCCGUUUAUGUGCAGCCCCUGUGCGUGGAUGGAGACAGAGUCUCCAGUUCUGCCGUGUUUCAUAAUGUUGUGUUUUUCCACGAUCAGCUGUUCGUGUUCUCCCCCUGCUGUAUGCAUGCCUUCUGAAGGACAGUGGUAGUUUCUGUUUGGGGGGCUUGUCCCGGUAAAUCACACUCGGCCGCUAUCUGCACCCGUCCAAUUCCGUUAUAUUCCUCUACAUGCAUAUACAUGUAUAUAAAGAAUAGGUGUAUUCGCAGAAAUGCACGCACGCGCUUCUCUGUCAUUUACAGAACACUUGGGCACCUCUCAGAGACGCCUUUGGUGGGAGUGGGGUAGAUGUUGUCCAGGGUUUCUCGUUUUUUGGUCGUGUGUGGCCGCAAAUCACCGUUGAUGUAGAUGAUAUACACAACGCGGCAAACCGUGCACUUCUCGGAUGUGAGAAGGCCAAAGUGUAGUGGAAUGGGAAGCAUUUUAACCGGCGUCUCGCUCUUUCUUCGUCAAGCGUCUGUCCUGGCACCCAAUGUGCACUGACCUGUGGUCACGUCAGGUCAAAAUUGAUGCGGGUUUGAGCCGAAGCCCCUCGGAGUUCUCAGGCGAGGAAGCCAUUGGACCACCUCUAUUUGCACAGUCGCAACAACCACAAAACUAACAACAGGCGAUUCACAGAGAGUUGUGGGUCCUCAGGAACUAUAGCCCACGACACCGGCUAAUACAUACACGCGUGGACACUUGCAAGUAUGCACAUGUGCAUAAACUUGAUACUUUUUCGGCCCACGAUGCCAUUCAUUGCGGUAGAAAGGAGUCAGGAGACUGUUCAAUUUGGCUGUUCAAUCGCUUAUUUUAAGAAUGGAAACACGAGAGAAGCUCGCACGAGGUAACUGGAAGAUUUGCCGUCGACAGCGGUGCCGAAUCUAUAUUUUGAUCGGGAUUUAGGGUUCUUCGAUUAACGCAAAUACGAUUGUGAAAGUGCUUGUCCUUUGAUGUAACUCCUGUCGGCGUUUCACGAGACACUCAACAAAAAUAUACGUCUCUCCGCAAAAGGAACAUGUUCCAACCGAACAGAGGUGGCUUCAGCUCGUUCUGCGUGAGACGCACGAGAGAGCCCUUGUACACGGAUUCCGUUUUUCAGAAAACACGGUGUUCGCUAGAUCAACCUAACAAACUGCCUCACAGAAGAGAGGAACAAACCCCGAACCACGUCUUGUUUCCAUCUGGCGUUCCUUCGGUUACAAGUUUCACGGUCGUUUUGUCAACACUUAAGCGGUGUGUUGGACCCUGGCGCAGAGUACCGGACAUACGUAUGAAUCCGAGCACCCGCGUGUAUUUCAGCAUCUUCGCUCUAAACGGUAUCACGUGUACAC